CUUUAAAACUACUUUCUAGCUUGAAGUGGUGAAGAAGACGACAUUAAACAUCGUUGAAAAGCAGCGCAAGUUACCAAGAAGCGUUUUUAAGAUGAUUGUGUUCCUUGUUGAACCUCUGGAAGGAAGCCAAACCGCCAAGAAAGAAAGAAAAGAACAUUAAUGGGACUCGAAAGUCAGGUUGAGUGUCAGGUGUGCGCAUGUGCCGCAAUGCCUCCUUCCUUCCUUCCUUCCUUCCUUCCUUCCCUCCAUCCUUCCUUGCUCUCCUCUGUCCUCAGCCCCUCCCCCCGGCCCCCCCCCCCCCUCCCCUCCAUCGGUGGUUGGUUCCGGUGCUCGGAGGAUCUCGGCGCAGUGUCGGCUGCAUCUCCCCCGCAGAAGGAGGCUCCGAGGCGGCUGCGGAGGACAAAAGACGCGCGGAGGCGAGGAGCACCUAUUACGUCAUCGACCGCGUCCUCCCGCCCAGCAAGAUUGAAGAAGCUGUGUGUUAUUGGCGGGCCUCGGCAGUUAGAGGAGAGCUCGUCACCAUGACAACGUCCCGGCGAGACUCCGCCCGCUCGUCCAUGGCCGGCCUCCUCCUCUUCCUCCUGCUCCCGAUGUGGGCCGUGUCUGAGAUGGAGUGGGCGGCGUGCAGCAAGAAGGAACAUCCCAAAGUCUCCAUGCAAGAGCUCCGUCCGUGGAUCUCGGCCUUCUCACCAGGCGGCGUGCGGGACUUCUCCCAGCUCACCCUUGACCUCACCAGAAAUGAACUCAUCGUGGGCGCCAGAAACUUCCUGUUCAGACUGGACCUCAGCAACUUGUCACUGGUGCAGGUAGGAGCUACUAUUUGUUAGUACUGUGUUACCUAGUACAAUGUUACAUACAGUACUUACUAAUAGUCUUUAGUACUGUGUUACCUAGUACAAUGUUACAUACAGUACUUACUAACAGUCUUUAGUACUGUGUUACGUAGUACAAUAAGGUUAAUUAUACACA